AUGAUCAAAAUUGGCGCGGUCCACGCCCACCAGCCGAACAAUAACCACCACCAGCACCAUCAGCAGCAACAGCAGCAACAGCAGCAACAGCCGUCGAGUCAACCGCAGGUGGCGGGUGCUGGCGCGGGAGGGGCCGGCGGGCCGGGGGGCGGCCAGGCGGCGGUGGCCAGGGCCGGAGGCAUGUUCUGCUACCACUGCCCCCCGGGCCUCCCGGCGCCGCGAUUACCGCCGUCCCUUGAGUAUCCUUUCGCCCCGACUCACCCCUACACCAGUUAUUCCGCCUAUCAUCCGGCACUGCACGGAGUCGGCGAGGAUUCCUUCGUGAGGAGGAAACAGCGGCGGAAUAGGACAACUUUCACCCUCCAGCAACUGGAGGAACUCGAGUCUGCUUUCGCGCAAACUCACUACCCGGAUGUCUUCACGAGGGAGGAUCUGGCGAUGAAAAUAAAUCUCACUGAGGCCAGAGUACAAGUAUGGUUCCAAAACCGUCGAGCGAAAUGGCGUAAGAGCGAGCGGCUGAAGGAGGAGCAACGCAAACGUGAGGGCGGGGGUGGCGGUGGCGGCAACGUCGGCGGCGGCGGUGGCGGCGGCAGCGGCGGAAACGUGGAGUCCUCCGCUCUGACCGCGCCGACGUCCUCGUCGGCGGGUCCGAGUCCUACGGGAAACGAUCCGGAGGGCACCACGACGAGCAGCAGCGCCGCCGACACGGAGGACGCCGUCGUCGAAGGCGCCGGAGGUGGCGGCGGCGGCGGCGGCGGCUCCAGAAGCCCCAGCACGACUUCCGCCUCGGUCAGUCCGCGGCCCCAGCCAAGUCAGCCGUCCCUGGGUGGUGUCUCGACGCCACCACCGACCCCCAUAAGGGCGCCACCGCCGCCACCGAACACCGUGGGGGGCCUCGGACCGCCUGGCGAGAGCAGUACGGGAUUAGGCGCGGGUUUCAGGCCAGUCGAACCGCCAACGUCCCUCUUCUUUUCGCCCCAUCUGGCCGCCCAGUUUUCGCCGCCGCUCUUCGGCAACAAGGUCGUGAGCAGCGCGUCGACAUCGUUAACGUCCACGACGCCGUCAUUGUGGACCACCAGCGAUCAACAUCGGCCCGGUAGCCUGCAGGAGAUGCUGUCCUGGUCGCCGACCGGCUGGCCCGGUUCUAUUUGCGGUUGUUGCAAGCCCGGCACCGCCGGGGCCACCGAUCUACAUCGGAGCAACAGUCUGGCUGAGCUCCGGAGAAAAGCUCAGGAACACUCGACCGCGUCCGCUCUUCUCGGUGGCCUUGCCGGUUUCCCGGGUGGUCUACCGCUGCCUCUGCAUCUGCCACUGCUGCCGCCUCUGCUCGGUCUCUCGAGGCGACCGGAGCACCAUCAUCAUCAUCACCUGCCCGGCGUGGUGCAUCAAAUACAACCCACCACCAAAGAGGAUCCCUAGGAUCGCCUUGGCAGAUGCCAAGGUCGUUUCGUGAUAGACGCGGCGUAAAUCCCGAAGGAAUGUCCCGCGCGUAUCGCGUGGUUGCAAGUCGAGGUUUGAGAGCAGUCUAAUGACAUUGGUGAGUUUAGAUUUCGAUGCUGUCGAUGUAGGGAGAGUAACUCUAUUUCUGUGUGUUUAUCAAAUACGAAAUACAUUUAUAAAAAAUAUUAUUUAUAAAAAUAAAUAUAUUGUCCGUAGUACAAAUAGUCUCUCCAUGUUUUUAAAUUUUUUUACGAAGUUUCUUUGCAAAUAGUAGAUUGACUCGAUAUUGAUUUUUCCACUUAUAAUAGUAGAUUGACUCGAUAUUGAUGUCACCACAGAAAGCAUCGAAAACUAAAUCACCGAGAGGUCACACUGUUCUUAAUCCGUGCUUACAAGUGCUUUCCUUAUGAUAAUCGUAUGGUUUUUUAAUCUUACAUCGUAUAUAACUUUCACAACACAGAAGGACCUUUUUCCUUCAUUUUUUUUUUUUUUUUUUUGGAUGUUUGUGACAUGGUUGAGGCCCUCCGGUAACAAGUGUUCGCAAUUUUCAAUUCUACAAAACGACGAAUGGAAUGGCGCCAACCAACUCUUGCCGCGAAGUGACAACUUCGCUUGAAUUUCUCAAAGUCGAGAACUUGUGUUUUUCUUCACGGGAGUUGCAACGUGUUUACACAACUUUUCCGAUUUUUUUUUUUUUGCAAGGAACGCGGAAAACACAACACUCACUCGCACGAGACUCAUACUCGUGUUAAUGCUCGUGUUAAAAAUAAAAUGCAAUAAACUGUCGAAUGAUGAGCAACAGCAAAUUAUCAAUUCACAACAGAUCACCACUUUGUUCGUGUGUGUAAAUCCGCGGGUGUAAAUAGACGCGGGCGCGCGUGUAUCACAAUAAUAAUCUCUUCAGUCGUACUACACCGACAACUUUUUCUCACAUAAUUGUAUAAUCAACCCCGGUAAAUAAUACCUAAAAUCUCCAUUCUACGCGCUACUUUAUUUAUUAUUGCCUUAACUCGUGAUACGGUUUUAUGUAAUAAUCGCCAACACUAUUUCCACCGCCGAUAUGAAAAGCCACAGACGUAAGUUUCAGACGUGACACAUUCGAUUGUUGUUGACACAAACGAUCCGAUUAUUUACGCUGAGAGAGAAAGAAAAUAGAAAUUCGUAAAAAUUUUGAUAAAAAGAUGGAAGAUUCUCUUUAGAUUUCAAUCUGACAAGUGAAAUCUAAAGUGUAUUGUAAGACGUCGCGCGCGAUAUAUACGUUUGUACAUAAAGAGAGAGAGAGAGAAAAAAAAAGAAACAAAUAGAACGGCGGCGAGAAAGAAUGGAAACGAUACGCAAAAAAAUUAUUAGUGCGUCGAGGCGAAUACGUUCGCGGCGCGCGCGAAAGUGUGUUUCUCGUUUCCUUCCUAUUUACGCGAGUAAAAAUGACGCGACGGACCAACACGUGCCUGAUGCGCUGUAUAUUCGAUUGCUCGAUCAGUGCUCGAGCAACGCAUUUGUUUAUUGUAACAUUCCUAUACGAGCGGAAACUGAAACCGAUAUAAUCUCGGGGAGAAGAGGGAGGAGGGAGGGGGAACGGAUUGCGACAAAAAAUUGCAAAGAAAAAUAAAUGUCGAGAGUUCGACUUCGAUUGUGAAUCGAUUGUCGCGAUUAUUUCACCGAGAUUAUAUACACGCAGGUUUUUUCAUUUCCAGUUAUUGCAAAUAACUCGAACAAAAACAAAAACAAAACAAAAAAAACGUUGGGUUUUGAGUCACUGCUCUUAUAUGCCUUACAAACACAAAAAAAAAAAAACAAAAAAAUGAAAAAUAAAAAACUAACAAAUCGUCGUCGAAUCGGCCGACGACAUUUCAACCGAUUGCGGAUCUUUGCCAUGCGCGCGCGAUUACCCGCGAUCAUCAAACAAAAUUCAACGUUUCGACGCGGAGGGUAGAAAACGAGAUUACAGAGAACGGAUUUGGUUUGAUGCUCGCGAGUACAUUCGACGAGUUAACGAUAAUUCCGUUUAUGUCGCAAUUCCUCUGGAUUUUCGCAAAGCGAGGAGGCGUGUAGAAACGAAGCGGACGUAGCUGUUUAGAGAAACCUGUAUAUUACCUCCCGAUAAACAGUCAGUGCUAAUCAAAGAUAGUCUAAUAAAAGGUAUAUAUAUAUAUAUAUAUAA